AUGAAGGGCAAUAUCCAAAGCAAAAUAGACGCAAUCCUUGCAGAACGAGAGAAAACAGAGGCAAAAUGUCGUGUCUUGGCAGACUCGACCGACUCGUCAAGAAUUGCAAGGGAAGACCGAACCAUCCUUCAUGAUAUUCUUUACAGCCGCGUUCUUCCCCCCGAGGACAAUGCAACAGAAUUGGAAAGACUUCAAAUUCUCAAGGCGUGUAUCAAAGAGAGCCUUCGAAUCAGCGGACUGUUCACAGAAAAGCUUGCAUUUCAGGAGCCAGAGGAAAUUCUUUACUACCAAGACUGGGCUUUACCUCCCGGAACUCCAGUCAAUAUGAGCAUCUAUACAAUGCACGCUGACAAAGCGAUUUGGGACGAGCCACUCGAAUUUCGGCCAGAGAGGUGGCUUCAAGAUUCUGGGACGACGGCUCAUCUGCAGAAAUACUUUGCUCCAUUCUCAGGGGCACAAGAGCUUGCAUCGGGUCAAAACAGUCUUGCAUACGUACAGCUGCAUUUGGUGACAGCCUGUGUGCUCAGAAGAUUCGAACUUGAACUCGAUGAUGAUGUGAUGAGGGCAAGAGAUGUAGAUGUAGUGAGAGACUGUGGAAUAGGACUACCUCCUCCCGAAUCAAAGGGCAUCCGAUUCAAGGUCGUCAGACAGAGACUGUGA